AACCAGUGUUCGAUACUAACCAUAGAACACCUUGUCGCCGCUGCGACGACGUUGCCUUAGCCACUCCUCAACCGAGGUCCCUUCGAGGGUGCUCGACUAAUACGCUAUGGCUUUCCUAUUCAAAUCCAAGAAGAACCAGGACAGGAACGUCCAAAGCCGCGAUGGGGGUCCCGGAUCGUCACCUCCUGUCCAAAGCCCUGCCGGGCGCAUUGCUAGAGAGGAGAAGCACUCUCGGUCAACACCAACAGGAAGUGUGAAUUCCUUUGACGAAAGUACACCUAGCCCGGAUGCUGAGAAGUAUGCCCCUCGUCGUGGCCAAGAUCUAUCACAGCAGAUGCAACAACCUCAACCUCAACCUCAACAACAACAGCCGCCGCCGCCGCUCCAGCCGCCGCCGCAGCAAGCCGGCAGCGAUUUGCCUUUCCGCAAUACUCCCCCGCAAGGCGCGAAUUCCUCGUUAUACCCUUGGUCCCAACGACGCUUGACGUUCACUGCAUCUAUACCCAGUCCGUUCCCGAGAUAUGGGGCCGCGGUCAAUUCCGUUUCGUCUAAAGAAGGCGAUAUCUAUAUUAUGGGCGGUUUGGUUAACAGUUCGACCGUCAAAGGCGAUUUAUGGAUAAUUGAAGCUGGAGGGAAUAUGUCUUGCUAUCCGCUCGCUGCAACAUCUGAGGGACCCGGACCAAGGGUUGGCCACGCGUCUCUCUUAGUUGGCAAUGCAUUUAUUGUAUACGGCGGCGAUACCAAGAUUGACGAGACGGACAUUUUGGAUGAGACUCUAUAUCUUCUCAAUACUUCCACAAGACAAUGGUCGAGAGCUCUGCCGGCUGGUCCUCGACCGUCGGGACGCUACGGCCACUCUUUGAACAUCGUCGGGUCCAAGAUAUAUAUCUUUGGUGGUCAAGUCGAAGGCUAUUUCAUGAAUGAUUUAGCGGCCUUCGAUCUUAACCAAUUGCAAAUGCCUAACAAUCGAUGGGAGGUGCUUGGCGAGAAUACCGAAACUGGAGGCGCGCUGCAAGGCAAGGUACCACCGGCCAGAACUAAUCAUUCUAUGGUCACCUUUAACGAUAAGAUGUACUUGUUCGGCGGUACCAAUGGCUUUCAAUGGUUCAACGACGUAUGGUGCUACGAUCCUGCAGUCAAUAAAUGGUCUCAGUUGGACUGUAUAGGUUACAUUCCCGUCCCCAGAGAAGGACAUGCUGCUGCUCUUGUAGACGACGUUAUGUAUAUUUUUGGUGGACGUACGGAAGAAGGUUCUGAUCUAGGCGACUUGGCUGCGUUCCGAAUUACGUCUCGUCGUUGGUAUACUUUUCAGAAUAUGGGACCCUCACCGUCGUCUCGAUCCGGUCAUAGUAUGACCUCUGUAGGAAAGUCGAUCGUUGUAGUUGGGGGCGAGCCGAGUUCGACUCCAAAUCAGGUCAGCGAUCUCUCGAUUGUAUAUGUUUUAGACACCACCAAAAUCCGGUACCCCAACGAUGCGCAAAUCCAGUCUACCACCCAGAAGAUGCAACAAAGGCGUCCAAGUGGUGGCGACAUCCCCGGGGUCAGGCAGACACCAUCUCGCGAGGGCUCUAUUGGACCAGAUCCGAAACGAGUAGCUAGCCCUAACAGCCCAACUAAUAGCUCCGGAAAAGGCGGUACCGGUAUCGACAUGAAUGGACCCCCGCCUGUCAGUAACGGAUUAUCGAAGCUUCCAAGAGUCGCAGGCACCUCUACACCUUCAGGCCCUCCACCUCCGGGCCAAGCUCCUCGACCAAGUAUUGAAGGGAAUGCGAACGGCCGCCGCCCUAGGAAUGCAUCUAUCGAAAGAAUAGAGAGGGAAGCUGUGCGUACCGGUUCACCUGGCAUCAGCAGUCAAAGCCAAUCCCCCGUACCAAGAGAACUGGUAAAAGAGGAAAUUCCAGUCAUGAAUGGAAGACGAACACCGAAUCAGCAAGCCCCUAGGAGUGGUUCGCGGUCAGAAAAUCAAAUAGAUGAGAAAUCAAAGUCAAGGAUGUCGUCGCGUCAGGCCCGGAGUCAGGGGUCCGUUGACAGCAGCACGGAGCCAACACUUAAAACUGUGGCUAACCGUCCGGCUUCUCCACCUCCACCGACUCGGCAACCAAGUAAUCCUUUGUCGCGAAGAACUUCGAAUAGAAAUUCUCAGACCGUUGUUCUGCUAAAGGAACUUGACAUCGCCCGCAAUCGAACCGCAUGGUACGCAUCUGAGCUAGAAUUAGCCCGCAAAGCUGGAUACAUGCCAAAUGCAACUCUUAGUCCUACUCUCGAAUCUCGAGCCGCGGACACGUUCGAUGAUGAUGACAAGCGGCUCAUUGAAUCGCUCUUGGCUAUGAAACAGGAGCUGGCUAAUGUCCAAACCUCCAUCGAUAAGCAAGCGAUCCUUGCAGCAAAACAGAUUGCUGAGGUAGAACGACAGCGUGACGCUGCCGUCCGUGAAGCAGUCUAUGCCAAGGCAAAAAUAGCAGCCCAAAGCGGAAGCGCAGCCAGUACGCCGCAACUGGACGGCGAGAGAGAUGUUGAUAGUGGCGAUCGUUCUUCAGAGCUAAAUAAGAAACUCGCAUCAGCACUAAACAUCCAAAAAGAGUUGCAGAACAAUAUCGCAAAAGCUACUUCAGACCUUGAAGCGGAAAGACGAGCGCGACAGCUCGCAGAUGAGACCUUGAGCGCUACUCAAAAGCGUAUAGCUGAAUUGGAAGCGUACAAACAGCAAACGUCUUCCGAGCUUGAACAGCUGAGGGCAGAAUUGCACAUGGUCCAACGUGAGGCGCGAGAGCAAUCAGUUGCCGGUGCUGAAGCGAUUGCUGCUAUGCAACUUCUGCGCAUCGAGAAGGAUGAGUAUGAAAACAAAUAUAACGAAGCUACCGGUAACUCCCAAGAGUAUAGUGAGACCUUAGAGUCUCUUCGAGAAGCUGUAGUAGCAUCUGCGGAUAUGCGCGCUCACCUUGAGCGGAAGCUCGAUGAGGAACGGGCUCAGCGAGAAGCAAUCGAGUCCAAACUCACUAAGCUUAAGGCAGAACAUGAAGCGCAUGCUGCUGAACUGGAGACCGUGACGCAAAGGCUGCGAGAUGCAGAGGAACUCGCGGAGCGACAUGCAACUGAAGCAAACGCUCAUCGGCAAGCUUUGAUUUCCGGACUAGAAAAGGUUGCCAAGGAUCCCAGCAAAGGAAACCGAGCUGACGCUGAACGCAUCGUGGUGCUUCAAGGUCAAGUUGAGGCGGCAAACAAUCUUGUCAAGAAAUACCGGGAGGAGGCUGACGUUGCUUCGGAUAAGCUCCGAAGCGCUGAGGAACGAAUCGCAGGACUUGAAGCAUACCAGGAACAAUCCAGCAGGGAAGGCGUAUCGAUUCGUCGGCAACUGCAAUCUGCCUUGAGGGAAACACAAUCGCUUCAGGCUUUGAACUCCGAUCUCAAGAACCAGCUUGCUAACCAGCAGCUCGAGACCAACGCCAUAACAGUUCAGCAUAAUACCCUGAAAGAUAUUCUAGCUGAAAGGGGCAUCAGCCCGACCAAUCUUGCUCGUGUGCGAGAGAUGGGCUCUAGAACCAGUUCGCCUAACCCUUCUCGCACUAACGAUCUUGAACGGCAGCUUGCGCAAGCAGUUGCUGCCCACGAAGAGACAAAGCAGGUUUUUGCCGCCCAAAUUCAAGAGUCUGAGACUACUUAUCGCAACAGAAUAGUCCAAUUAGAGAACGACUACCAGUCUGCCGUCCACUAUGUUAAGGGCACAGAGAAGAUGCUUAAGAAGAUGAAGCAAGAGCUUGCCCAAGUUCAAUCCGAGAACAACCGUUUAAAGAACGAAAAUCUCGAGCUAGAGGAACGUUCCAGCCUCCAUGACAAUGCCAGGCCUGCGGAUUGGGAAGCUGAGCGCGAGGAGCUAGAGGAUAAGAUAGAGGGUCUCCAGGAACAAGUCAAGUCAACUUCCGCACAACUUGAACAAGAACUUGUAGAAUUGCGGAAGAAGCUAGAUGCUACCAACCAAGAGCGUGACAGCACAGCCAGGUCCCACAAUGACGUUGCAGAACAACUAACUAUUCGAGAGAAGGAGCUUGAGCAAAUGCAGCAGGAGAAUGCCCUCCUAGAGAAGCGAGUGCAGGAUGCCGAACAAAAAGUUAGUCUACUACUCGACCAGGUAGAAAAUUCAGUUGAUAAUUAUCGGAGACGCAGUCGAAUAAGCACCGAUCAAAUGAAUAUUGGCGCUCCUAAUCCGAACGGCGGCUUGGGACAUACUCGACAAGAGAGUUCAGAGGCGGGAAGCUCUUACGGUGGUGUUGGCAAUAAUAGAAACAGCGCGGCUCUCGAUGAUUUGGCCAACGAACUUGAUAUGUUACGGUCCCACUGGGAGACGACAAACAAGAACUAUCGACUUUCAACUAACUUCGACUUCGAAGGACUCGGAACCAAAAAAGAGAGCGACGCCGUCGGUCUCAGCGAGAGCUUAGCUGACUGGAGGAAGCGGCUCGACGCGGAGGAGCGCGCGACUGACAACAUAGGGGCCGCCCAGGGCAAUCAUGCCUCGUAAAUACCUUGGUCUUCGAAACCCAAAGGCGGAAUUCCUAGGAAAACAUGCUGAUGGCCAGCCUUGUCAAUCUCCUAAUAAAUAAUACCCUUGUACAGCACCUACGAUGUGUAUCAGAACACAUUUGUUUUUCACGAUUCAUCACUUCCUCUUUCGAUUCGGUUCUGUCCU